ACAAGUAAAAAUGGCGGCGAGUAUACUGCGCCUUUCGAUGCGACUUUCUACCAGAAAUACGGCGAAAAUGAGCCGUAACACUGGUCUGAAAUCAACAAACAUAUCCAAGACGACUUCCAUCCGAACCGCAGUAUCAACGACUUCGGGGGCAAUCCUGCCCAAACCGGAUAAAACACCGUUUGGUCUUAUCCGCAUGACGGUGGUCGUGGUGCCUUUCCUGUAUGUUGGAACACUAAUCAGCAAGAACUUUGCUGCUCUUUUGGAGGAACAUGACAUAUUCGUCCCUGAGGAUGAUGAUGACGACGACUGAGCUGACCUCAGUAAAUGGUUAAGUGCUUUGAAAUGCUGACUGAAAGCAUAACCCAUUAACCUGCAUGAGGAAGAGGGAGAAUAUGGGGCAUUUCGACAUCCAAACACAUCCCUCUACCUCCCACCAUCUCACUGCCCUGUUUUCGGCUACUUAUGUUAUUGUCAUGAAAAUCAUUUUAGAAAUCUCAUAUCAUGUGAGGCUAUUACAACUACAAGUUAUGUCCUCACUCUUGUUUGCAUGUGUAUGCCUGUCAACCCAAUAAACAGACGUUUACAUCUGGAAAAAAAA